UUUACAUAUAAUCAGGCGGCAGCCUCUCUCUUCGCUCUUUCUAUCUAUCUCUCUCUCUCUCUGGUAGUUGUCGGAAUCCUAAUAGCUUCGGCCGUGGUGAUUGUCGGAAUCCUAAUAUGCCAAGGAAUAGAUUGAGGUUACCCUGCCUGAGACUCGACGAGUGGGCUGCCUUUACGUUGGAGAAGCUCAAUCGUUCAAAGGGAUCCAAUUUUCUCGCGGAUUGCCUCGUAGAAUUGAGGGAUCAGAACGCAUCAAAAGAUUUUAUUUUGCUUCUUGAAGAGUUGUUGCCGUAUGCACAAUCUGUGGAGUCAUAUAAGCGGUCUUCAGAAUUCAUCUUCUUAAAACUUGUCUCUGAAUUACAAAUGGAAGCAAGAUUCUCUCUUGAUUCCAUCCUCAGUUUGAUUGCUGCUUUAUCAGGAGAUCUCAAGUACGAUUUUGCUCCCUUCCUUCCACGGCUUGUCAAGUCGUUAUUAAUUCUCCUGAAUAAUGGUGGUCUGAAAAAUGCAGAGACUAUUGAGCAGGUUUUUGCUCUUAUAUUCACAUCCUGGUCUAAAAUAAUAGAAAACCUAAGGUUUUGUUUCGCACGCGACGUCCGAGGUGCUCUCAGGAGUACAUUGGAGCUGAGGUACUACCCCAGUGACAUUAUCAAUGAAAAAAUGUCAAAAUCGAUGUCAUGUGUGUUGGAUCUAGCUCGGCCCAGUCAGCUUCAAAAAGGGAUCAAGAUGAUCCUUUCUGAAGUAGCAGAGCAACCGGAAAGAGCUGCUAGAGCUGGUUUCCUCCAUUAUGAUAUGAUUGUGAGGCUGCAGAAAUCUUAAAACAAAGACCUGGUCUUUGGUUUUUAUGUGGGGUGUUAUUUAAUGUCAGGUCUAUAAAGUUCUUUUAUUAUCUUCAAGAUUUGAAAUCUUCAUAUUAUUUAUAAGAACUUACUAGUGUGGAUUCUUAUUCUGAAUUUUGUUUUUAAUAAUAUACUCUAGUACUUCA